ACCUAAAGGGGUAAACGAUCACAAAUUAGGGCACAGAAAUCAUCUCAUCAUCUCUCUUCUUUCGCGGAAAUCGAAUCGUUUGGACCUCUUCACUAGUCACUCAUCACUCAUCAGCUCAAUGACGACGCCUGCAGCGAAUGCGACGACGACGACGACCCAGACCGACGACCAUCAUGCGAAGACCCUAGACCCUCCUGCCACAACAACCGAAGACGUAUCCACCGAGAAAUCACCAGCAUCCUCCACCGACAGGAAAGACGGUGAUUCCGGUGACACAAAGUUGAAAACUACAGAUCCGGCCACCGUCACGGCGGACAACAGCAGCGACGAUGGUGCUUCUGUUACCGAUACUCAGAGGAAGAUUCGCCGUGCGGAGCGUUUUGGUAUGCCGGUUCAGCUAUCUGAAGAAGAAAAACGGAAUUCUCGUGCGGAAAGGUUUGGUACUACACCUGGCACACAAGGUUCAGGAGCCACAAAGAAAGCUGAGGAGCUGAAAAGGAAGGCUAGAGCGGAGAGAUUUGGGAUCACCCAAGCACCCGAAGAAGAUGAGAAAAAGAAGGCUAGACUUUCUAGAUUUGGUUCAGCUUCAAGUGCUGAUCCACUUGAAGAACAGAAAAAGAAAGCUAGGGCACUCAGGUUCUCAGGGACACAGAAGGCAACUGUUGCUGGCAAGGCUGGUGGAGAAGCUUGAUGCCUGCCUACUUGCCUGCACUUUUUUUAUUUUUCAGUUAGAAUUGUGAAAUCUUUUGAUCCCCAAACAACCCUUUUGUUGAUUAUGGAGUUACAGUAGUAGUUCCUCUUCCUGUGGUAUUGGUAAAGCAGGUGUCCCCCCUUGUUAAUUGAUAGCAAUCUCCUCAGUCAGUGUCUUUAAAAAUUUUAUAAAAAAAAUAUACAAGGUAUUAUAGAUAUGAAAUAGUGAGUGAGGUUAGAUUUUAGGAUAAUAUGAUUUAAAAGAAGCAACAAGUACCUAAGCUGCAUUUGAAUCUCUAAUCUAUAUUCACUAGAUGUAACUAGUCUUCAAUCCAUGCCAUGCUCAAUUUCUCAAUUUUUGGGGUUUCAAAUGCUAGCAGUAGAGUCAAAGUUGAUGCUUCUUGUUUAAAAUAUAUUUUGUCUAAAUCUUGAAAAAUGGUAUUCUCUGUAGUGUUGUAGUUUAAAACGUAUAUAAAUAUUAACACAUGAUCGAUUCUCAGUGUUUUGGUACGCACGGACAUCCUCAGGUAAUGAGAAUUUCAUCAUAGUAAAAGUAAUCGAACCAACAAUCAUGGAUCUGAUGACUGGUUGGACAAUAUGCGUUAAUUACUAAUUUAUUGUUUUUCCUUUUUUGGAUUUUGAUAUUUUAAUAAUAAAAGAUAGGAAGAUCUGAUUUGGAAGAUUUAAAAGAUUUGCAGGAAAUGUUGGUUCCAUUAUGGUGAAUCCUUUUUUUUUUUGGUUAUAGUUGUAGGAGGAGAUUGCUAUUAAUUUUGUCGGGGAUGCCUGUUUUAUUAAGAAAUUUAGGGAGGGCUUGUAAUUUUUAAUCAGACAAUGGUUGUGUUUAUGUUAAUGUAUUAUUAUAUAAUGCUAUAUUGGAACCUAAGAGAGUUGUUGAAAUAGGAAACAGGGGGAUUUAAGACAAA